GCUGGACAGGCAGUGAAGCAGUCUGCUUCACCUCUCCCUCUGCUCUCAGGUGGCUGCAGAACGGAGGCCUGCAGAUUGCCCAGUGAGACAGAGGACCCAGCCUGGCUGCUCUGUCCUAUGGGCAUGUUGGAACAAGCUCUCACCCUCAUGCUCCUCCUGCUCCUCAUGGGACAUUGGGGCCAAGGUUCUGCUGACCAUGUGAUUCACCCCUCGGGAGAAUCUCUCUGGUUACGGCCACCCAACCUGGAGCUAAAUAAAGCAUACUCUGUCCAAUGGAAGGUGCAGUUCUCCUCAUCUGCAAUAUGUGAGAUACUGACUUGGAGAGGUAAUUGCAGUUGGACGCCUACACCUUGUGUUUUGGAGCAUUUCAACAACACACUCAAGUUUAUAUGCAAAGAGUUGGCUAUUCUCAUCGAGGGAGCUCAGCAGCAGGACAGCGGCUUCUACUUCCUGGAGGUCACCGACAAGUCGGGGAAAAUACAGAAAACCAAGUUCCAGGUUUCUGUGUUGGAACCUAUUGAAAAGCCCGACUUGCAGGGGAGGUUGAAGGAGCUGGAUGAUGGGACGUGUCAGCUGAAUCUGUCUUGCUCAGUCUCCAGGGAUGAGAAUGUGAGCUAUGCUUGGUACAAAGGGAAGAAGUUGAUCCAGCCAUGGGGGAACCUCACCCACCUGGUGGAGCACAUUGAUGUCAACGGCUUGCACAUAUACACCUGCAAUGUCAGCAACUCUGUCAGCUGGGCAAACCACACUCUCAUCCUCCCCGGGGACUGUCUGAGGACUCAACAGAAUGUCAUAUUUCCACGCCUUCUGGUGAUCAUCUUCGCGAUUCUGCUAGUCAUACUAUGCCUUGGCACCCUCAUCAGCUUCUGCGUGUGGAGGAGGAAAAGGAAGCAGUCAAGUGAGAGCACAGAGGAAGAAUGUCGGACAGUUUAUGAACGUAUCAACCAUCUGCCACUCAGGAGAAAUCAAGAGCAGGAGCAGGAGCAGGAGCAGGAGCAGAAUUCCUCUAGAGAAGACCGCACCAUCUACUCCAGGAUCCAGUCCCAGAAAUCUGCUUCCCUAUUACCAAAAAAUGAAAAUACAGUAUAUUCAACAGUACAGUCUUUCCAGAAGUCUGGGUCCAAGAAGAACCACGGUCCUUCUUCCCGUUGUACCGUCUAUGAAGAGGUUGGAAAGAGACAACUCAGAGCCCAGAACCCUGCUCGACUGAGCCGCAGGGAGCUGGAGAACUUUGAUAUUUAUUCCUAGUUGCUACAGCUGUUCUCACCUCUCUUCCAUACGAGCAUCUGCUUUGGGAAUAUGCUCAAUGGAUGAUGCCACAUGAGCCUCUACAGAACAGUUUUUAGUCUGGAAAGGAUAUGGGAGUUUGUUCAUGGUCUCUGUUUUGUUUUGAGAAGGAUUUCUAAUAGCCAUUAUAAGAGCAAGGCUGUUAAAUAGUAUCUUCCAACUUACAGGUGGGGACAAGAAGAGGUGGAGAGAUUGGGUAGUUCACAAAAGGCUCCAGAGCAAGUCCAAGUACCUGUAAUCUAUAAUGUGCUAUGUAAAUGUAGGAUGUUACUAUGAUUUGCAUCCAGAUUCCCUUCCCCUCGUUUUCUAAUCUGUUACUUAUCUCCCUUCCUUCCUGAACUGGGAUUACUAUAUUUCUAUACCCUUCCCCUGCCCAGGCCCAUUUCCCAAACCAAGAAAAAGGGAAGAUAACGAUGACUUAGAGGAAUCAGCCCCUUUAGUGAGGUUGGGCUAGCUGGUGGUAAGCAGACUGGCAGGUUCCCCAAGGUGGCCAGGGCCUGGACUUUAAUCAAAUAUAGAGGAAAAGCUUUCCCUCCGCAUGUUAUACCUUUACCUCUGGCUGGUUGGUCACAAGUGGGACUGGGCAGGAGUGAGAGUAGAUGGUGCAAAGCAAGCCCAUCUCUGAGUAAGAUCCCCUCUCUCCCCACCAAAAUCCAGCUAAUAACAGGGCAGUGAGGCCAGCUUUGUCUACGCUAUGAUGUUUGAUUUAUAAAGACACAUUACUGGAAAUCUAUUUUGGAUUCUUCACAAUUUUCUCAGAAGCUACAUUCUAUUAAAGUUCCCAAUCCUGUUAAGUCUCCCCAUCGUACACUGGAGAGAGGGCUCAGACAGCUGAGUGCUGCAGAUGAGGCAAUUGGCGACUAGACGCUAUGCUGAGCUCCCCUGAACCUUCAGGCUAGUUCCUUCAACAAGACUAUGGGGAGCAUGGCUGAGACUUUGAGCUCAGAAA